AUGGCGCCUUCGCUGUCAACAGCCCCUGUGACGGAGCCCAAUCAGGCCAUCCAGUUCAACGAUGUAGAUCAUGGAGACGGAGGAGCUACAGCCACUACCCGUGGAGUCCAAGUCAGCCUUCAGAAACUUCCUAGACCGCCAACUUUCAGCGACAAGCAUGAAGAGCGCGAAUACCUCAAAGGUCGCCUAGCCCUAGCCUUCCGCGUUUUCGGACGAAACGGAUACGAUGAAGGUGUUGCUGGCCAUAUCACUCUCCGCGAUCCCGUCAAACCGGAUCACUUCUGGGUCAACCCAUUUGGCAUGCCGUUUUCCCACAUUAGGAAGUCUGAUCUGAUUCUGGUGGACCAUGCUGGGACCGUUAUUGACGGUGGCAAUAAUCGAUUACUGAAUAUUGCGGCAUUUAUGAUUCAUUCUGCUAUACACGAAGCUCGACCGGAUGUUUUGUGUGCAGCGCAUUCGCACUCCAUUUAUGGUCGAUCCUUCAGCACACUUGGUCAGGAAAUAGAUAUAUCUACUCAGGAUUCCUGUGCGUUUUACAAAGAUCAUGUCGUUUAUAAAUCACAAGGCGUUGUCCUGGCAAAGGAGGAGGGCCACACUAUUGCGAAAGCGCUUGGUGAUAGAAAAGCCAUAAUUCUACAAAAUCAUGGUAUCUUGACCGUUGGUCAAACCAUCGAGGGCUGUAUUUUCUGGUUUAACACCCUUGAAAACUGUUGCCGCGUUCAACUUCUCGCGGACGCCGCUGCUACUGGGCGUGGGAUUAAAGUCACAGUGAUUGAUGAUGAAGAUGCAGAGUUCACUUACAAAAGUGUUGGUACGCCACGCGCAGGUUGGUUUUCUGCUCUUCCGGCAUUUGCUCUUGCCGGACGUGAGGCUGGCCUAGAGGUCUAUGAAUGA